AUGGCAGAGACCGAUCGCGUGCGCCUACACAUCUCACCCUUCAACCAGACCCUCUACCAAAACAUCAUCCCAGCUUCCAUCCAGCCAAACGCCACAAACAUAUCCUACCACACCGUGCAAACUUUUCCCGAACGCGGCUUUGGCUUUGUAGAGUUACCCAGAGCUGACGCCGACAAGUUGCGCAAGAAGCUCAACGGUGCAACACUGCGAGGACAGAAGAUGGCUAUUCAAGAAGCCAAACCCGAGAAGAGGAGGCGCCACGACAAGGACGACGAUGCCGCAGAAGUAGAAAAGCAACCGCGCAAAAAGGCCAAGAAGGAAAAAUCGAGCAACAAAAAGGACAAGGAAAUCACUGGCUUCGAGCUUCCCGACGACAGACAAGUAAAGCGCGGAUGGACCGAGGAACCCUCGAAACACAACAAGGACAAGAAAGAGAAAUCAUCCAAGAGCGACAAGACAGACAAGAAGGACAAAACGCCAAAGAGGGAGAAAUCUAAAUACUCGUCCAAGCAGGAGGUUCUUUUCAAGCAAAAACUCCCCGAGGCCGUCUUGAUGGCUCAAAAAGCAGACGGCAAAGACAAGAAGCACAAGAACUCAAAACAGCCCAGGGACAUCGCCAUCAUCCAUGAAUUCGAAAAGAACAAACCCGUACCUUCAUUCUUGAGGUCCAGCAUUUCCAGCAGCACUCCUGCCACUGCCGAUUUUGUCCCCGGCAUGGGAUGGGUGGACGCAGAGGGAAAUGUCAUCGAGGAGGUUCAGGUCAAGCCGAAACGUGAAGUCAGACUUGCCAGCAUGGUGGACACGCCUGUUGAGAUCAGGAUCAAGCCUGCCGCUCCCAAGCAACCUGCCAUGCACAAGGAUAUCACCGCUGGUGCGAAGUCGCUAGGAUACCACUCGUCGAGUGACGAGAGCUCGGAUGUAUCGUCCGAGAGUAACGAAGAGACGAGUGACGACAGCGACGAUGAUGACGAUGACGAAGACGAAGUCAACGAAACCGAACAGGAAGAAAUCGCAGAAGAAAUCCAAGAAGGCGCCGAGGAAAUCGCUGCCCCAGCACUCCCAUCGCAACAAGAUGAGCCCUCGACUUCAAGCCUUGAUCCUAUGGAAACCUCCCCCAAACCCACCACCCCACCCCGCGAUAUCCACCCCCUGGAAGCCCUCUUCAAGAAAAAGGCACCUUCAGACACAACCCCCCGCCCUGCCCCCAUCAAUACAUCCUUCUCCUUCGGCAUCACCGACGACAUCGAUGAAGACAUGGAAGAUGCAGACCCCCAAUACCCAUCCACCCCCUUCACCCGCACGCGCGACAUCCGCUCUGCAGCACCCACCCCCGACACGGCCGCCAUCGGCAGAAAGUUUUCCUUCUCGUUUGCUGGUAACAACAAUUUCUCUCACGACGAUGAUAUCGAAGAGGGAUACGAAGAUGAAGAUGACCAAUGGCAGAAUGCUAAUAUGGAGCCAUUGGGUGUCAAGGAGGUUAAGGAGGGUGAGGAGGAAGAGGAGACGGAGUUUGCAAAGUGGUUCUGGGAGAACAGGGGUGAUAGUAAUCGUGCGUGGAAGAAGAGGAGGAGGGAUGUUAUGAAGGUUAAGCGACAGAGGGAGAAUAGGAGGGUGAGCAGACGCGUUGUGUAA